UGUUCUGGUUCCUGUUGUUUCUGUGGAAGUGGAGAGAAUGAAUCCCUUAAUAAAGGCGGCAGCACAUCAUUCGGGGCCGGCGGAGGGAUGCACAGAAAUCUCACCCAAGGAGCCUCAACAAGAUUAUGAAGAUUUGAUAUAUCUGCUGGGAGGCGAAACACAGUGGCUGCAUAUCGAAAGCCGGGAUUAGUUUUCAUUUGGUCUCCUCUGGCCUGGCCCCGAACCAUGAGGCUAGAGCGCGGGCGGCGGGCUUCUCUGGCGAUCACCCUCAACAUUGUGGCGUUUGCGUUCGCCUUGUCGGCGGUGACCACCAGCUACUGGUGCGAGGGGACCAGGAAGGUGGCCAAGCCCUUCUGCACGGGGCCGCCGAUGAAGGCGAAGCAGUGGUUCUGCAUCCGCUUCAACAGCUCCAACAUCAACGACAGCCGGCUGGUGCAGUACAUCUUCGAGACCGGGGAGGAGAAGUUUCUGCUCAAGAAGUUCCACACGGGGAUCUUCUUCUCCUGCGAGGAGGCCGCCGACAUGAACGGUAAGGCCGACCACGAGCGUCAGCUACACUGUAAAACAAAUCUGACUUCUCAGAGGAUUGCACCAGAACAUGAAAGAGGGGUCCUGUGGUUGUGUAUCGUGGCUGAGAGUCUGUACCUCACCCUGCUCUUCACGGGCGGCGCUCUGAUGACCCUGGAGCAGUGUCCCUGCUUCAGCAUCAUGAACAAACUGAAGCUCAGUGCCUUCGCCGCCAUGUGCACGGCCCUGUCAGGUAACACUGCAAACAACAACAAGGUCUGA